GCCCCGUUGCUGUUGUUCCUGCAGCUUCGCCAUCGCCACUCUCUCAUGCUCUUUCGCACACACGCACCCCCUAUUGUGCAUCGCCAUGCAUGUCUCAGGCGCGUCGCGGAUCUCUCAGAACCUUCGAAAAUUCGGUUACGGCCUUCUUUUUGGUCUUGGAAGUCUCUUGAGCUUCAAUCACUCGCUGUCGGCAAUGUGUUGAAGCGAGGGUUGGAGGGGUUCUUGAUUUCAUUCGGGGUGGAAUUGGGCCGAAUUGGGACGUGAGGCUGGUAUUUUGAUUCAUUCUACUGAAUUUUUUUUCACAUUUUUGUGAAUUUUAUAUGAAAUAAUACAAGAGAGGCGGGAUUGAAGAGGGUCGAAUGUGAUUGUUAGCGCAACUGAGAGUUGAGUGUCUGUUCGACGUUCCUUUGGGAGUCCUCGUGACCCGCAUUACAUUGUCUGUCCUGUUAUUUUUGGGUGCUUUGCGCGCUCCUGUUGUACUAUACCUGUACCGGAUAUUUUUAAAAUGUGAUCUUGUAAAUAAGUCCAGUUGUUGGGUCUUCAGUUGAUGGUCAUGAGUGAAGGAUUCUUUCUUUAGGUAAUUUUUUGGGACCAUUUCUAUAGUCUGCGUCACUUUAUAUCUCGCUAGUUAUCACAAUUAGGACUCAUAGAUUAACGUUGAACAUUGUGUUCUGGCUUGCCAUCGCAUUACCAGUAUGCUUAGCACGUUCUGUCAAGACUUUGCUUAUCAUACAGAUACAACAUUCUUCAUUUGUGGGAUAUUGUAGAGCUCGCUUGUACCUGGUAUCUUCUGGCUUUUGCAGCAUUAUGAGGGUUUAGCAAGCCGGAGUAUUAGUGGACUCUUGGUGUUUAAGUUGAUUGAAGUGCUGCCACGGAAUUCGUCUUGAAAUAAGGACAUGUAGUCGAGUCUAAAGAAAUGGUGAAUUUAACGAUACGACUCAGCAAGGCAGGGGGCAAUUCAGGGUUGAAAGCAGAGCAAAAUUUAUUGGAGGCCAAUGAGGCGUCUCUUCCCUCGAAGCUAAUUGGUGCGGAUUUGCCUCAUGCAAAUGGAUUAGGAUUUUCGUGGUCCGACAUUUGCACAGUGAAUAUAGUAGGAUUCAAAGCGCAACGCAAAUCUGGGGAGAAGGUCCACAUCUGCUUGAGGUGCAAUUUUCCGAUUGCUGUCUAUGGCCGCAUGGAACAAUGCCAUCACGUGUUGUGCCUUGCUUGUGCCGAAAAUGAUUCUACAUGUUUCUUGUACGCUCUUCACCCCUGGUGCAAAGGAAAAGUGGCACGAAUUCAGAAAGUAGAUGUAAGUGUCGGCAUAUACAUCUGCGGUGUCCCUGGCUGUCUGCGGUCUUUUGUAUUGCGGCCCGAUUUUGAGUGGCACAUCGCCAAUGACCACUCACAACCUUCUCAACCCGAAUCAACAAAAAUCACUCCUAAUCAGCUCCAGAUCCCACCUGAAGACGCUAGUCAAUCUCAAUCAGAUCUCGUAAUUCGAAGACGGAACUCCUCCACCAGUUUGCAAGUGAUCAUCCUCAAAAAAGAAGAUUCACAACGGCUAUCUAAAAUUUCUCAUCAGAAUCCGCAAGUUCCUCCUAUACGGUCCAUUCAAAGCAGGGACGAACAUAUUGGCCUUUCAUAUUCUAUUACAGGGAAUGUAGAUUCGAGACAGCAACAAGAACAUAUAAGCUGGGAUUCAACUCAACAAGGACAGAAAUUGAGAGACAUAUAUAAAGUGGAGGCACAUGAAGGGCAGAGCCAGAGGGACAGGAGAAGUGACACAGGCCCUUAUCACUGUUUAAGGAAAAGAGAACGUGGUCGAGGGCCACGAGGUGGACAUCAACCGUCGUCUCUGUCAUCUUCGAAAGACCUGCCAAAGCAAAGAGAACGUGUACUGCAAGCUCAACAUUGCCAACAGCCUUCAACUCUGCCACUUCCCCCGCUCUACCCUCCACCCAAUCAUCUUCAAAAAAUUCCCACUUUCCGUGAAUCUGGAGGUUGUUCUCUCCGGCUUGAAUCUCACAGAGAAUUUUGCUCGAGCCUAGCAAUGCCUCCUCCAGGACCACCGCCAGGAGGAUGGCCUGUGAAUCUCAUCCCGCAAGACGGAUAUGGCACGAAUGGAUGUCCCCGGAGGCCCCCUGAUAGCUUCGGACAUAUACGGCCAAUGGGUGGAAUGCUACAAGAUAGAUAUGGGCCACAAAUCGGUUCCCCUAGGCCACAUUUUUUACCUGAAUUUGGCCACCCUAGGACCAUUAAACCUCCCAUCAGCAUACCCAGGUUUCAUGAAGGGCAUCUUCCUCCUCCACCACCACCACCACCAAGGCACCUUCCUCAGCGGGCUGCUUUAAUCGGUACCCGGCCAAAUUUGGGGGAGUCAAUUACAGACUACGGUUGGGGGCCUGGACAUCCAGGCAACUUUGGUGUUCCUCGUCCAGGACAAGGUUUCCCUGGAUGGUUGCCUCCUGCAAAUUGAUGAGCUACUCACUGUGCAAAUGACGCAAUCGCAAGUGUAAUCAGUUUCUCAAGCAGUCAGCGAAGUUGGACAAACGCACGGAGACCGAAACUCGGACGCAACUUGUGCUACCAGGACGCCAAUCCAUCUCAUAUUCUGGUAAACUUAUAAGCCAGCAAGAGGUAUAAUGCUGCGAAAGACGAGCAGGUGUUUCUGUAAAGUCCACUAGGGUUAAGUUGAUGAAAGAUGUGAACUCUCAUGGAGAAACUCUAAGCCGAUCUAGAUUCGCGACACUAUUGAUGCAUCGUAGCUGCCGUUCUCAUCUCGUCAUUGAUCAACCUUACCAGAGAUAAGAACUGCUAGAAAUCAGUAGCUGCAGAAAAUAUUACCCAAUGAGAAAGACUAUAUUGUUACACAUAUUUCUUGAGUAGCCUUCUCUGAGGAGAAAACCUUAGGCUGGCUACUUUGGACGUAUUAAUUCUAUCCGUAUAAGUGAGGGGCAUGAUGAUAAAAGGCUACUCGACAUAGCGCCGGAGAUAUCGAUUUAAUCUUUUUUGAAACUUGAUCUAGAGAGCGUUUCUGAUGCCGGAACCCGCAGAGCUUAGGAAGAACUGUACUGCGAGUAUCCACUUCGUUCAUAUGGACUGUAAACCUAAAAGAAAUUGUUCAUAAGUACAUAAUAUUGCACGACCAAUACCGUACAGCGACCUUAA